AUGUCCGACCUGAACGGUACACCCAAGGGCACCUCCAAGCCCUCAGUGUUGAUAGUGGGGGGUCUCGGCUACAUUGGUCGCUUUUUGGCAAAAUAUAUCCAUUCGUAUGACCUAGCCUCCUCGGUUCGCCUGGUUGACAAAGUCCUCCCCCAGCUCGCCCAUCUUGCUCCAGAGUUCACCGAAGCAUGCUCCUCGGACAAGUUUAUCCAGGCAGAUGCCUCUCGCGAGACCUCGAUGGCUCGUAUCUUCGAGCACCCGGAUGGUCCCGGCAGAACGUGGGACUUUGUCUUCAACUGCGCUGGCGAGACGGCUUGGUCGCAGACUUCAGAAAUAUACAAACUGCGCUCGUGGCAGCUGAGUGUCACGCUGGCGAACGAGGCUGCUAAGCGCGGCGUCAAGUCCUUUGUCGAGGUCAGCACGGGCAUGGUGUAUGCGCCGAAUCGUACGCCACGGAACGAGCAAGACAAGUUGAAGCCGUGGCUGAAAUUGGCCAAGGUGAAGCUCGAAGCGGAACAAGAGCUGUCGAGGAUCCCGGGGCUGAACCUGGUCAUCCUACGUCUGGCGCAUGUCUACGGACAGUAUGACUCGAAGUUCAUUGCCAAAGGAUUGUGCCUGGCUCGAGUCUACCAGGAACAGAAAAAGGAGCUGAAAUGGCUGUGGACCGAGGACUUGAGGAUUAACACCGUCCAUGUGGAAGACGUGGCGCGAGCGUUGUGGGCAGCGGCUGUGUGGAGAUCACAGAAUUCGACGAUCCCUUCAUCAUCUUCUCCUACCAUCACUCGGAGACCGACAUUGACUAAGGGAGAGGACGCCCCGAGCGGCAACGUGCCUAUUUUCAACAUUGUGGACCACGGAGAGACGAGCCAGGGCAAAUUCGCCGACAUUGUUUCCAAAGUUUUCGACAUAAGGACCGGCUUCCAGGGAACAAUCAUCUCCUCGUUUGCAAAGAUGAACCUCGAGCACGUCGUCGAUGAUCUCAACGAGGACAUUCUUCAGCCGUGGGCCGAUAUGCUCGAGCGAAAGGGCAUCACGAAACCUGGGCCUCUCAGUCCUUUCUUGGAAAAGGAAUUGCUCAAAGACACAGAUCUGAGUCUCGACGGCAGUCUAUUCGAACGCGUUGUGGGUUUUACCUACGAGCGACCUGAAGGCCUGACGGUAGAAGGCGUCAGAGAGAUGAUCUCAAGUUAUGAAAAGAUGGAAUGGUGGCCGUGA